CUUCACGUCUACAGCAGGUGGAAAAGAAUUGGGACGAGACUCAGGCAGAAAUCAUGUUCAUGGAAGAUAUUAUUAACGUUACAAGCAGAGCAUGGCCGAGUGCUGUGAGAGCAUUAAUGAGGCCGCUGGAACGAUUGCUAAUUGCUAAUUGCUGAUUGCUAGAGACAAGCGCGACACACGUCUCAACAGCAGCUUUGAACUUUUAUUAUGCCACAGUCGCUGCUUCCGUUUCUUCCGGUCAUUCAUAUUUGGGGUAAAGCAGCACUGUUUUAUCAUGUUAGACAUAUUUAUGUGUUUAAAGUUGGUAUAGUGCUACUCUGUGCGUUCGCUCGGCGGCUACUAUGAGACACUUGUUGCACGCUGCAGUAAGCUAGAUCAAUAUUAGGCAUGAAAAAACAUGGUACUCGCGGUAAAUCAGUUCCCCAUCUGUCUAAUAAAAUACAUAGUAUACUAAGGCGUCUUUGGUGUUUCCAUGGUUUCUACAAAAUAAAACCGGAAAUCAAGGGUAAUGAUGUUAUUGAUAGAUGACGCACAGACACGGUCCAUGUCCUGGUUAAAAUUGCUUAUUUCUCUGGAUUUAAACAUUCUUGGAAACAUUUGGGAUAAUGUAAGUACACAAGUCAACAAAAUAUAUAACAUUGUUCUAGUGGUUUUUGGAUAUUUUAAUCUAAAAAUCCUACAUAUUGUGCCUUUAGCUGGUUGCAUAUGUCAGAUUUAUUGAUUGACUUGGGCAGAGAAAAGCUGGUGCUAUCAAACAUUAUUUACUUAAUCAUCCGAGUCAGUGUAAUGGUGAAGGAAUUGAUCAAAUAGUCCAAUUGAUGGAAGGUUUGCAAAGAAAUUUCAUGCUCCCUUGUAAAAGUAUUUUGUAGUAUUUUUAAAAUACAAAAAUACAGUAGUUUAUUUUGAUACAUUUUGUGGCUGCUGUAUUGUGUAGUUUAUUUUGAUACACUUAAAAUUAAGGUAUUUGGUAUUUUAUUUUAAAAUACAUUUUGAUGUAUUUUUGCCCAACCCCGUCUAGGCCUAUUCCUGUAUAGGCUACGAGUUAAGCUUUUUUAUGGUUUGCGAAGCACAUUAUUUUUGCCUACAUGAUAACAGGUUUUGAGAAAGGCUAUUGUUUAGAUAUUUGUUUCAUAUUUAUUUCUAGAUCAUUACAUUAGGGCACUGAGAAAAUUGUUAUAAAACACGAACAUUGCCAAAUGGUUGCUUUAUAAACUUAAAACUAUAAACUUUACUACGUUAUUGGUCAAUUUAUAAAACGUUUAGGCUAUUGUUACAUUUUAAAUAGCCUACGUAAUGGAAUGUAAAAUACAACUAAACUUGCACAGAGGUAAACCUUAGAAUACUAUGAGUCAAAGUUUGACACAGUAGCUACUCAGCACAAAACAAAGGUUCCUCUACCCGCCUUUGCAUUUUUUUAGACCCCCCGCGGCCCCGCCCUCAUUUCACAGACCUGCUUUCACUUCCAUCCACUUCAUGAGCGUAUCUUGAGAGCAGCUGACGAUGUGACAAGAUCUCAGCAUUUACAGUAUCCAACAGCUGCAUUCAGAUAUUUAAGAUGAGAGGAUACUUACUUGGAAUACUUGUACUUUUGAAACAUUGCAUUUGCGGUGAUGAUGUGAACUUUGAUGGAGACAUAAAGGACUUUGUAGUUGGUAAAAGUAAGUUGUUCGUUCUUACUGACCAUCGACUACAUCAGAUGAGACUCGAUCUUUCUGAGGAGAAGAGGAAGGACAUCAAUAAUGCCACUCAUCAAAACACAGUCAACAUUCUGGUGCCUUUUGAUGACAACGACACCCUGAUAACCUGUGGGACCUUUAGAGAUGGAUACUGUGAAGUUCUUGACCUCAGUGACAUUACAAAGAGCAUUUACUAUGAAAGUGGAAUAUCGGUAGGACCGAGACAGAAUAAGAAAUCUGUUGCGUUAAUAGCAGGUCCGAGUACCAGCAGGUACCUUUUGGUUGGGAAAAAGGACGAUGAUGGAAAACCUCCGUAUCCUGUUGUUCACUUGUGGAACACUUUACAGUCUCAGUUUGGUGGGAUUUUCAGCAACAUAGAAGCAGGAGCACACCCCUUCAUUCAGAGCACGGCGAGCGAUGUGGAGUUUGUUGACGGAUUUCAGAGAGUUUCGCCCUCAGAGUCGUACUUGUUUCUCAACGCAAAGAUUGACUCGGAGAGUAAAGUGCACGUCCUGUGGAUGAAGAGCUUUAAAGAUAAAAAGAAAGACAUAAUGAAAUCCCUACAGGCUGCAACGAUCCAGUGCUGCAGUGAUAAAGCUCGUCCAGAGCUCGUCGCCUCCACCGUUAUUCCCUCAGUGAACGGCGUUAUUUGGGCAGGUGUGUUCAGUGCGCAGAAUCAGCAGGAUCCGGAGAACACCGCGCUGGCUCUGUACGACAUCAGUACAGUUCGAGGAAGAGUGAAGGGUUUCUGCACUGUUGGUGACAGGAUAUGUGGUUCUGAGAGUGGUAAAGCACUUCAGCCGCUCUCUGUGGUGUUCAAGUACAGCUCAAUGUCAUCAGUGGCAGCAGUUAGAAAAGGAUCCUGGAUUGUGAUGUUCAUAGGAACCAGUGAUGAACAACUGAUAAAGCUGAUCUUGGAUGAGAAAUUCACACCAGGCUGUCCAAUAGUGCUGUACAAAUCUGCAGAUGAACGAGCAGUGUUUCCCAGAAUGCACUUUGAUCCAGUAGAUUUCAAACAUAUUUACAUUGCUCUGAAGAAACAGCUCAGAAGAGUGUCUGUGGUUCAGUGUGCUAAAUUCAGCUCUCUGAAAGACUGCAGAGCUGCUCUGGAUCCUCUCUGUGGUUGGUGUGUGAAAACACAGAGAUGUUCUACUCAAGAUGAAUGCCCAAAUACUUCAUGGGUGUCCAUCCCAAAAAACUCUCUUCAGACGCAGCUGCUUUCCUUUCAGAUGGAGCAGAAUUCUUCUAGAAAGAUUACUCUACAUCUUUCCUUGAGUCUGGAGAGCACAGGAAAUCCCAUCUUCUCAUGUUCCUUCAUCACAGGAAGUGUGAAUCUGUGUGACGGGCCUGAUCCGACUGCAGUUUUCCCAAACUGCUCCUGUAGUUUUUCUGACCAGCUACUGUAUACUGGAGGUUUAACAGUCUCUGCUGCAGUUACUAUUGAGUAUCAGAAGAUCACAGAGACGCUGACACUGAGGAACUGCUCCAGUAUCACAGAUAAUUCACCAAUUGCUUCUUAUACACAGUGUGUGCAGUGUAUCUCAUCUGGGUGUCAGUGGUCCUCACAGCGUUGUGAUUGGACACAUCGACCUGGACCGCAGUUACUCACAGAGGAUGCAUGUAAAAAUCUACUCAAUGAAACGGUCUACAAAAAGCCUGAGAUUCUCUCUCUGGAGCCCAACAAAGUUUCUUUCCAUGGCAGAAACAAUAUUUUACUAAGAGGAAGGAACCUUGAAUCUGUCACUAAAAUCCAUAUUCAAGGGAAUCUGGACUGUAUUCCUAAAGAAUAUCCAGUAUUUGAUCGCUCCAGUGACACUUUAAGGUUCCACAUUCCUCCCAGUGGAACUAAAGGAACAGUGAAAGUGUGUGUUGUUACUCCUGACGACCGUUGUCAUGGUAACAGCAUCAUCACUUACAGUUCCCAGCCCAGCUGCACAGGAAUACAGCCCAGAGUCAGCUGGAGAAGAGGUGGAAGGAAGAUUCACAUUCAGGGAAGCAAUAUGGAAUCUGUUGAAUCAGUUAUUGUCCGUCCCUCUAAUAAAGUGCUUCAAACACGAUACAGCAGAAGCUCAGGGGAUGUGUGGUUUCACUCCCCCCGUUAUGAUGGCAAUGAUCUGUUUAGCUUGUCAUUAAAAUUUGGGAAUUUCACUGUGGACUGUAUGGAUUAUUUCUCCUACAAACCUGAUCCAGAGUUCACUGGAUUCAGUACCUUUUCAGUGGCCAAUGAUCUACAGGUGAACAUUCAGAAAAAGGCAGAUGCAUUGAAUUUGAGUAUGAGUGAGGUGAAAGUGACGGGUUAUCAGGGAGAUCAGCAGUAUCAGUGUGUUUUGGAGAGGAUUGAGACCAAAGCCAUUAUCUGUCAGAUUAAAGGAGAAUCAGGAGCCGUCGCAGCAGUGGACUCAAUAAUUGUACGUCUGUUUUUGAUUUUUUUAAUUCUUUGAUCACGAUUGGGAAUUAUGUUCUAGAGAUGGGGAAUACAAAGGAUUUGUUCUGCCUCAGUCCACAGAACACAUCUGGCCAAGUAUGAAAGAGCAAUGAGAGAAGACAGAAAAAAAAAAAAAUCAUUAUUUGCUAUUCCUAAGUCUACAGAGUUCUUCAUUUUUAUAAUUAGUAUGUAAUUAUACAUUUGAGCAGUUUUCAUUCUUUUAUAUUUUUCUUUUUAUUUUAAUUGUUCAACUUUAAAUAACAUAAUUAUGUUUUGGUACAUGCUUAACUAUUCAACAAUCUCUCCAUUGAAAUCAUGUGCGAUCAAUGCUGAUACUGAACAGCAGGUGGCGCUAUAUAGUUAUUUAUUAUACACGCACAAAAAAAAAUCUAUUCAAAGAUGGACUGGUCUGCAAUCUAGUACUGCAGUACAGUUAUUUUGUAAAAGAAUGCUUUGUAUCUUUUUCGUAAAUUUGUCUGUUAUUUUCUGUUAUUCAUCUGAUACUUUAUGUUACUGUCUUACACCUUAUACUUACUAAUAAACAUGUCAAACAUA